AUGAGCACUCGUGGAACUUGCGAUCGUGGUAUUCGUGGGUAUGUUGGGGACGACGUAUUAUCCCAAGCCAUGUUGAGGGUAUUAGAGAGGGUCGCUGAACCCCAUUCUAGAUUUGGUGGCCGUAGGUCAGUAACUAAACGACUCCAGUCCAAUGGUGCUGAGCUGUUUAGGGGUGGCACUGGAGUCGCCCCUAUUGUGGUCGAAAACUUAAAGGUACAGCCUCUUUGCUUCGCGACGAGGCAUAUCAGUGGUGGUUAUCGAUUGAGGAGGGGGAGGUAUGUGAGGGCGAGCUAUGUGGAUGCUCGUAGGCGUGAGUUCAUGAAUCUCACGCAAGGUGAUAGAUCAGUGGUCGAGUAUGAGGCCGAGUUUCUGAGAUUGAACCGUUACGCUCGAGGCAUGGUGACAUUUGAGUGUGAGAAAUGCGUUUGCUUUGAGGAUAGCUUGAGGGAUAAUUUGAGGGUACUGAUUACUCCACAGAGGGAGCGAGAGUUCACGGUUUUGGUAGAUAAGAGGCCUAAGAAACGGGCCAGAUCUGAUGGGCCUGUUAGAGUAGGGGUUCUUGUUGCUUCUACUGGGAUUCAACCAUGUAGUGAUUAUGGUAGACGUCAUCCGGGUUGUACACACUCCUAUGUAGCUAGUACUGUUUCCAAAAACCUAAGGAUUUCUGUUGAGAGCACUUCUAGUGAAAUUAUUGUACUGAGUCCGUUGGGGCAGUUUGUUCGAGUUCAUAGACUUUAUAGGAAUGUUCUGUUAGUAGUGCAAGGGGUUGUAUUUCUGGCAAAUCUAUUGGAGUUAUUGUUUGCGGAGUUCGACUUAAUUUUGGGUAUGGAUUGGUUGGUUGAGCACCGAGUUAGCUUAGAUUGUGUGAGUAAGAGGGUUGUUCUGAGGACUAAGGAUGAUAAGGAGGUGGUUGUGAUCAGUGAGCGUCGAGAUUAUCUGUCUAACGUGAUCUUCGCUCUUGUGGUUGAGAAAUUGGUUCGAAAAGGGUGUGAGACGUAUAUGGCUUUCGUCAGUGUUUUAGUUUCAGGGGACUUUUCUAUCGGAGAUAUUAGAACAGUGAGGGAUUUUUUGGAUGUUUUUCCUGAGGAGUUACCAGGUUUACCUCUAAAUCGGGAAGUUAUGCCUUUUGGUCUGAUGAAUACUCCGGCUGCAUUCAUGGAUCUGAUCAAUAUAGCCUUUCAGCCAUAUCUGGAUCAUUUCGUCGUGGUCUUCAUCGACAAUAUUCUAGUUUACUCUAAGACCAAGGAUGAGCAUGAUGAACAUCUUAGAGUAGUGUUUCAUAUACUCCGAGAGAAACAACUCUAUGCUAAGUUGAACAAGUAUGAGUUCUGGUUGCGAGAGGUAACUUUUUUAGGGCACGUGGUUUUUGCUGAGGGGAUCCGAGUUGAUCCGAGAAAGAUUGACGCUAUGCUUGAUUGGAAACAACCUAAGAAUGCUGAUGUUCAACAAUCAAGUUUCGAGAAGCUCAAGGCUGUUCUGACUCAGGCCCCUAUUCUGAUACAGCCUGGAUCUGGUAAAAAAUUUGUGGUAUACAUUGAUGCGUCACACAUCGAUUUGGGAUGCAUACUGAUGCAAGAUGGUAAGGUUGUGGCUUAUGCAUCCCGUAAGCUUAAGACACAUGCGGGGAAUUAUCCGACGCAUGAUCUCAAGCUAGCUGCUGUGCGCCGCUGGAUUGAGCUGCUCAAAGAUUAUGACGGCAUGAUAGAGUAUCAUCCUGGUAAGGCCAAUGUGGUGGCCGAUCCCUCAGUCGUAGAGCGAUGA